AUGGGAACCUCCGUUCCGUGGAAACGGGACGCUGUCCGGCUGCCGGCGCCCCGCUCUCCGGCUCGGGAGGAGCCGUGCGGGCGGUUCUGGCGCUACUCGCGCGCCGGGCUGCCGGCGGUGAGGUGCGCGGGCGCCUUGUCCUCGCUGGCACCCGCGUCGAGAGUGUCUCUCCAAGGGCUAAGCGCGCGAGAAGGCAGGUCGGCUCUGGGACUCCCCGCUGUGUUCCGGACCCCUGGUGGCACUGCUCCAAUUCCUCUCUUCGUGGGGCUUAUGCUGUGCCCAGUGCAGAUGAUGACCGGGUGCCGCGCGGAAUUCCUUGCGUUUGCCUUAUUUGUACAGAGACCGUCUAUAGCAGAAUGUGGCGAAGGUCAUAGGGAAAGAAAAGGUGUUGGGGGAUUCGACAGAGGCAUUCUUUGUGGGCCACUCCCAGGCAUUACCAAUGGAGAUUUCAAUAGCGCCAACAGGGAAUAUUUUAAGUAUGAAACAGUGGUGACCUACCACUGCAAUUUUGGAGAGAGUAGGCAAAAGCUGAUUGACCUCAUGGGUGAACUGUCAAUAUAUUGCAACAGCGAAGAAGUGAGCAUCUGGAGCAGACCUCCCCUCCAGUGCAUUAUAUCUAUUAAAUGCACACCUCUAGUCAUUGAAAAUUUAAUAAAGAUGUCUGAGAACAAAAGAGUCUCCAUUGUUCAUUUCCAGUCCCAAAAUAUGUGGGAGCUGGGGCUGCCCAGUUGCUCCAGGGUAUGUCAGCCACCUCCAGAAAUUCUGCAUGGUAAGCACACUCCAAGCCACAAGGAUGACUUUUCUUCUGGACAGGAAGUGUUCUAGCCCUGCUAUGACCUCAGAGGGACUGAUUCUCUAUGCUGCGCAUCCCAGGGAGAUAGGAGCCUGGCAGCCCCCCAGUUGAAAUCUUGUGCUGACUUUCUGUACUAAUUUCCUAAUGGAAGUGUACUCUUCACACUUAAUUUCCACCUUGGAACAAAAGUAUCCUUCAUUCAAAUUUUGUGUCCAAAUCAACCUGAUAUCCUUAGUUGGAGACACAGAGGAAAACCUCUGGAAGCCUUUCCUUUUGGAAAAGAAGUAAGUUAUACGUGUGACCUGCACCUGAAAGGGAUGAGCUUCAGCCUCACUGGGGAGAGCACCAUCUGCUGCACCAGUGACAGCCAGGGGAAAGGAAUCUGGAAAGGUCCUGCCCCUCUCUGCACACUUCCAGCUUAG